UCUCAACGCGUGGACCAUCGCCCUCCCGACUACCGUCUCCUUUAACACCCGGUCCACACCGCUCCUUUCGACUCAAUUGUCGAACUAUCAUAAGCAAUCAUGGCUUCGACCUUGAUCCCUCGCAAGUCGCGUACGACAGAGGAGGAUCGCGAUGCUCAGCCCGGAUGGCUCAAGCGUCAAGUCACCAGCGGUCUGCAGUUUAUCUCCCGCCGUGCCUGCCUUCACCCAAUUCACACGAUCGUGGUAAUUGCCCUUCUGGCCAGCACAACCUAUGUCGGUCUGCUUGAGGGAAGUCUUUUCGACUCGUUCAAGAACCCGCGCAAUGUACCCGGCCAGGUCGAUGUGGACACUCUUCUCAGAGGCAGUAGGAAUUUGCGCCUGGGAGAGAGUACCUCGUGGAAGUGGCAAGUUGAGGAUGCUCCGACCCUCGAAGACUCUGAGUCCGCUCAGCACAUGGCACUGGCUACAUUUAUCUUCCCCGACUCGGUCUCUAAGUCGGUAUCGACUGCCCCUCUGGUCGACGAGGUCCCAAUUCCUGCGAACGCAUCUGCCCAGCGGGUUCCCCAUACACCCAACCUGUUCUCGCCUUUCUCCCAUGAUUCUUCUCUCGUGUUUGCUCUUCCUUUCGAGCAGGUCUCCGAUUUCCUGAAGGCCGUGCAAGAGAUCCCCGAACCCUCAGCUGGUGCGGAAGAAGGAGAACAGAAGAAAUGGAUCAUGAGGGCAGCCCGUGGCCCGGCUUAUGGCUCGACUGGAGCGCUCAAGCUGUGGUUCGCAGACGCUUGGAACUCAUUCGUUGAUCUGAUCAAGCACGCUGAGACCAUUGACAUCGUCAUUAUGACCCUGGGUUACCUCUCCAUGCACCUUAGCUUUGUUUCCCUUUUCUUCUCCAUGCGCCGUCUGGGAUCGAAUUUUUGGUUGGCUACCACUGUGCUUUUCUCUGGUGCUUUUGCCUUCUUGUUCGGACUUUUGGUAACAACAAAGCUUGGAGUGCCUAUUAACAUGCUCUUGCUGUCUGAGGGCCUUCCAUUCCUUGUGGUGACCAUUGGAUUCGAGAAGUCGAUCAUCCUUACCCGAGCUGUCCUGAGCGCUUCCGUGGAUAGGAAGCAGGGUGCCCGGGCUGGCAACAACCCCAGAUCCAUCCAGGACUCUAUCCAGACUGCCAUCAAAGAGCAGGGCUGCGAAAUUGUUCGCGAUUAUUGCAUUGAAAUUGCCAUUCUUGCUGCUGGUGCAGCUUCUGGCGUCCAGGGUGGCCUGAGGCAGUUCUGCUUCCUUGCUGCUUGGAUCCUGUUUUUCGACUGCCUCUUGUUGUUCACCUUCUACACUACGAUUCUCUGCAUCAAGCUUGAGAUCACCCGUAUUAGACGCCAUGUUGCGCUCCGCAAGGCUCUCGAGGAAGAUGGGAUCACUCAGCGUGUUGCCGAGAACGUGGCUUCCAACAAUGACUGGCCGAGAGCUGGAUCGGAGUACAAUGGCAACAGCGAGACCAGCAUCUUUGGCAAGAAGUUCAAGUCCAGCAACGUCCGUCUCUUCAAGAUUCUGAUGGUUGGCGGUUUCAUCUUGAUCAAUGUGGUGAACCUGACGGCUAUCCCUUUCCGGGAUUCUACUAGCAUUCCCCUUCUGUCGCGCGUUUCCAAUGUUCUCGCUCCUACCCCCAUUGACCCAUUCAAGGUCGCCGAGAAUGGCCUUGACUCCGUCUAUGUUGCCGCCAAGAGCCAGAUGCAGGAGACUAUCGUGACAGUUAUCCCUCCCAUCAAGUACAAAUUGGAGUAUCCCUCUGUCCACUAUGCUGCGCUAGGAGAGAGCGCAGGAUUCGAGAUUGAGUACACCGACCAGUUCCUCGAUGCUGUUGGUGGGCGCGUGAUCGAAAGCCUUUUGAAGAGCAUUGAGGACCCCGUUAUUAGCAAGUGGAUCAUCGCUGCCCUCACUUUGAGCAUCAUUCUGAAUGGCUAUCUCUUCAACGCGGCCAGAUGGAGCAUCAAGGAGCCCGAAGCUGCACCCAAGAUGGAAGCCCCGAAGCCCAAGGUAUACCCUAAGAUCGACCUGAACAACCAGGAUGGUCCCACGAGGAGCGCUGCAGAAUGCGAGCUUUUCCUGAAGGAGAAGAGAGCUGCCUUCCUAUCGGAUGAGGAGCUCGUGGACCUUUCCUUGAAGGGCAAGAUUCCCGGUUACGCUCUGGAGAAGACCAUGGAAAAUGAAGAUCUUAUGAGUCGCCGCGACGCUUUCACUCGCGCGGUGAAAAUCCGUCGAUCCGUCGUGGCCAGGACUGCUACCACCUCUGAGUUUAGUGGCUCCUUGGAGACCUCCAAGCUCCCCUACAAGGAUUACAACUACACUCUGGUUCAUGGAGCCUGUUGCGAGAACGUCAUCGGUUAUCUGCCUCUGCCCCUCGGUGUUGCUGGCCCUAUGCUCAUUGACGGUCAAAACUAUUUCAUUCCUAUGGCGACCACCGAAGGUGUCUUGGUAGCUAGUACCAGUCGAGGUGCUAAGGCUAUCAACGCUGGUGGUGGUGCGGUGACUGUACUGACUGGUGACGGUAUGACCCGUGGUCCUUGUGUCGGUUUCCCUACCCUUGCACGAGCCGCAGCCGCCAAGGUCUGGCUGGAUUCAGAGGAAGGCCAGCGCGUUAUGACUGCUGCAUUCAACUCCACCAGCCGCUUCGCUAGACUGCAGCACAUAAAGACUGCUCUUGCUGGUACUUAUCUGUACAUCCGGUUCAAGACGACGACAGGUGAUGCCAUGGGCAUGAAUAUGAUCUCGAAGGGUGUCGAGAAGGCACUCAGCGUCAUGGCUACUGAGUGCGGCUUUGACGACAUGGCUACGAUCUCUGUUUCGGGUAACUUCUGUACGGACAAGAAGGCGGCUGCUAUUAACUGGAUCGACGGCCGUGGAAAAUCUAUCGUGGCUGAGGCUAUCAUUCCUGGCGAUGUUGUCCGAAGUGUGUUGAAGAGUGAUGUCAAUGCCCUCGUUGAGCUGAACACCAGCAAGAACUUGAUCGGAAGUGCCAUGGCUGGAAGUAUUGGCGGCUUCAACGCCCACGCAUCCAAUAUUGUUACUGCGAUUUUCCUUGCUACCGGUCAAGAUCCUGCCCAGAACGUGGAAAGCAGCAGCUGUAUCACUACCAUGAGAAAUUACAACGGCGACCUUCAGAUCGCUGUGUCGAUGCCUUCCAUCGAAGUCGGAACUAUUGGUGGUGGCACAAUCCUCGAGGGACAGUCCGCCAUGCUUGAUCUCCUCGGCGUGCGUGGCUCCCACCCGACCAACCCCGGCGACAACGCCCGCCAGCUGGCGCGCAUUGUCGGCGCGGCUGUGCUUGCCGGUGAGCUGAGCUUGUGCUCUGCCCUGGCUGCCGGCCACCUUGUCCGGGCGCACAUGGCGCACAACCGUAGCGCUGCCCCGACCCGCUCGGCCACCCCUGUUUCUGCUGCCGUUGGUGCUACCCGAGGCCUCACUAUGACCUCGUCGAAGUGAAGUCCGAUGCGCUCGGUUGCCUUAUGAAUGCAUGUCCCCCAAUCCUCCUGCCACCGAGCAGAAUCUUCCCUCCCGCGCUCCUCGGAGACACCUGCUCGCCCGUCUUCUUCUGCAUACGACACCGUUCUGGCUAUCUGGCCCAUGAUUUAGUUGGGAUAAUUCUGGCCAUUU